GAAAUCUGUGGCCGUUGGUGAAGUAGUUGUUUGUGUGGACGUCGGCCUGACAGCCAAGUGUCGAGAGUGACGUCCCCUGCAAACAUGGCCGCCAUGUCGUCCGUCACCGCCAACAGUCUCUUCCACUUCGUAGAAAACUUCGAUGUUCAAUCCUUUACAGCAAGUGGAGCCAAAGUUUGUGUUGUAGCAGUCGUUGGACAAACACGCCUGACUCUAUUUUCAUCCAAAGCAUCUAUGUUAAACCAUGUUGUUGAUCGUGAUAUUUUUCAGGGAUUUGAGAGUGUGCUUGGAGAUGUUGAUGAGAAGGAGCUGGAGUGUUACUAUGAUAGUGACACACAGGUGCUGUACCUUCACCUUCUGUCUCACAUGGACACACCUCAGUUACUGCGUCGCUGCCAUCAAAUGGCUAAAGCUAUCUCAAAGCAGGAAUUUUACACCUACUGGCAACACAGUGACUUUCGCUUCACCAAAAUGCUUCUGCUGCUGUUUUCAGUCUCUCACAUUCUACUGUUGGUUCAUCCAGGCAGCACUUUUGAUGUGUCCAAUAUCAAACUCUUUCGCAUCCUGGAUGCUAUCAGGCUGAAACUGCAAACACCACUGUGUGAGAUGAUGCAAGUUCUGCCAGUAUCUAAGGAUUGGACAUCAACAGGGCGUCUGUGCUCCCCAAGAGUUCUCUUUGUCUUUCAAACAUCCACUUUUGCAAUGAACACUGAUGAAGACCUUCCAGCAGCAGGCAGCAAAGUUCGGUCUCAGAAACUGUCACCUAUCAAGCGGCUGCAGCACAACUUGGAAGAUCAGAUCUACCGCAUCCUUCGAAAAUCUAGAGUCAUCACCAACAUAAGCAACAACUCUCUUUUUGCAAUACCCGCCAACCAAGAGUUUGUCUACAUCCAUUGCCGUAAAAAUGACCCAACAGAUCCCGUGUCCUUCAUCCUCACCCAAAUGAGAAGCAGCAGUGGCUUUGAGCUACCUCGCAGCAAGAGUUACCUGAUAACAAGGCCAGGUAAUUCCUCUUCUGACAGACUUCGCUCCCCUCUUCAAACAUCACGACAAGAGAACAGCUUCAAAGAAUUUCUCUGGCAACACAUAGAAAUGGCAUUCACAAAGGGAUUUGAUGACAAUGUGGGACGCAAUCCUGUGGCAGCCAGAUUUGAGCUACCGUCUGCGGCAGUGUGGUUUGAAGUUUCACAGCACAUCUACAGAUUUCUCUUUGAAGCAACACCAGAAGGCAGAGCCCAGACAGCUCUCAAUACUCUCCAGUCUCUACUUGACACAGAUCUAAGAUUUUCUGAAAGUCGAUGUAGUAAGGUUAUGCCAAUGGCAGAGACUACAUACCAACAAGACUUGCCUCCGUUUUACACCACUUCCCUCCACCUAUCACGGCUUGCCCAAGCCAAGCGGGUCUUUUCCCAGUUUGCACGUGGCCCUGCCUACAAUAAAUAUUUAGCACAGCUAGAAGAAGUGUGCAGUGCAUUUUGGCGGGCUGGACAUCAACAGUGUGAAGCCUACAGCCUCUCUGGCAACCUGUGCACAAACCAGCGGCAUCGUGCACUUAGUGACCCAGUCACUGUGGAGACAGCAGACCUUCCAGUCAUGGGUCAUUCCAGUCAGCUCAAGACACGUGCAGCAUGCAACUGUGGACGACAACAGGCUGACAAAGAUGAUCCCUUUGAUCACAGGAGUGCAAAUUAUGACUUCUACAUGACGCUGGAGGCAGGAUGUUGUGGCACAUUAAAACACAUUGACAUGCCAGUCUUCCGUCCAAGCACCUGUGAGGCCACUGCAGCUGCAACUGCCUUCAGGACUGCGACAGACAACAAGACAAGUUGUCACACAGAGGAUGUUGCUGAGGCAGCAGCCAGUACAGGAGGGAUGAAAACCGACUUGGUGGCUGGGAUGUCAGCUCUUAGUCUGGCACUUAGUCUAGGUCAGUCUGCAGGAAGUGAUCUCUAUGCUCAAGGUAGCUGCCAUGAUCCUGAGCUCUCACAAGGCCAUUCACAGGUAGCAGCUGAUGUGGGGACUGAGACGGCAGGACAUCAGGAGGAACAAGUGGGUAAGCAGAACAAGGGAGGAGAAGCAAGCGGGAAUGCAGAUCAGCUGCUUGCGAGGGAGGCAAAUGAAGAUGAUGAAAAUGCUCAUGGAAGGGAAACAAAUCUGGGAGCAGAGCAUGUACAAGGAGGGGAGAAAACUGUGGAUGGUGACCAGAUGCAUGAAGAUGCUGUUCAUGAUAGUGAUGGAGAGUUAGAGGAAGUACCUACUGUCACUAACGUGAGCGUAUGCCAGCACUCCACAACAGAAUACCUGGCCAGCAUGAUUCAUACUGCUUCGCCACCAGGCCUUCUUCCAAAGUUCCCCUCAUGGGCACUGUGUUGUCUGGACACUGCUGACUGCUACAACUCCAUGCAGGGUCUGGACCUCCCAGGCUUUUUACCAGGCAGUCACUUCCUUCUUCCAUGGGACAUUCCUCUUUGCACCCAGCGAGAUCGCUGGCCAGCACUAGGGGAAACAACCAGCAAGCGUGGCAGAAACAUCCGUCGCAUCCAGAAAGGGCCAUCAGAGGCUGGUGAAAACACUGUUCGUGCCUACAUUGGCCUGGAGUAUGAAUGCCCACGUGGUCACCGCUUCUUCUGCAGUGCUCCAGACAAGGUGAUCAAAGUGCUGGGCAGCUGCACUGUCAAGGACACAGCUCAUCGACUGUUGAAUGUGGACAUGCCACUGUAUACACCUUGUCACUGUCGGGCAGGCAAGGGAUACCUGGCCCAACUCAUGCGUGCCUAUGCUGUGACCCCUGAUGCACCAGUUCGAAUUCUGCUUCAGCCAUUUGUUCGACCUGCACCUCCACCAUGCCCCACAUUCCAUACAGGUUCUUCUGAGCCCUUUGAGCUGCCCCCUGCUGGGAUCUGGGUUUUACGAUUUCCUCAUGUGUACAUGGGUGAGAAUGGAGCCUACAACGUGCCCCCUGACCCUCAGAAUCUGCAUGCCAGUCUACUGCUUAAAGGCUUGUUUGCCUACCGGGAGGUGGCGUCUGAUGGCUGAAGGUGUGACUUCUUCCCAAGGCAUUCUGCAAACAAAUCAGCUGUGGCCUGACCUUUGACAGAUAUCUGACAAAGCUGGCACAAAGAAGCAUGGCAGAAAUCAAGAAGACAGCAGAAGAAAAGUGUGAUUUCGGCACUGGAGUUUUCUGUGGAGCUGAGAAAAUGGUCAGUGGACAAGUAAUGAGUAAGGAAAAGUGAGGUGUUGGACAUGUUGGACAGGUGAAAGGAAGUUCAUGUCUACCUGGAAAGUCAUCCUAGUAUCUGUGGAAUGCUUGUUAUACCCAAACAUCAAUCAAUUCUGAAGUGUUGUCACUGCAUUAGUUUUGGUUUGGCAGUACUAAAGGAUCAUAGGGGGCAUUUUUGGGGUGUUUCACAGAUUGUGGGGUGACAUCUUAAAUCUCUUUCCUCAGUUCACAAAACCUUUGAUCAGGAAAUAUGAGAAGCUUAUGAAUAUCUUGUUUACUUUUGUUUCUCAUAGAAAUCUCCUUGUAUGCAUUUUAGUGGUCUGAGAGCUUGAACCCAUCGCCAAUGAAGGGAGAGAGGCAACAGUCUUUCACCCCUAGGCGGUCCUGUCUUUGAGCCAAUAAUUUCUCAGCACUCGUCGAAGAUGUCUGUAGCUUUAUGUCAUUUUACUAAAUAGAUUUCUAUGGAAUAAAGUAUGUUGCUUGACUGAAAAGUACUGGGAAUGGGUGGUGGAUUAUGUGCAGUGCAUCAUUCAGAUUGCAAGUCCUCGCACUUUUAAUGCAAAUCUCUGUAAUAACCAUGUCACCAGACAGGAAUGGUGCAAAAGAGGAGGCUGUAAUUUGGUUGGAUGUGAUUAUUUUGCGUGGUGUUGGACUGAUCAGGGGGUUUGUACUGUUAUAUUUAUUUCACCUUAUAAACUUCAUUGCUUUGUUCUCUCCUCAUUUUCACACCUGUUGUUAUUUUUUGUUGGAAUAAAUGAUUGAAAAUAUAAAA